GGAACAUUUAUAACAUCAUGUCUUCAGCUACAAUGAGACAAAAGGGGGGACGGAGGCAAGACGGCUAUCAAUCAUUUCCCAACUCGAAUCAAAGUCAUAACAAUCGGAACUCUAAAAAAUGGAAUAAUAAUACAAAUACACAUCCCGUAAAUAACGCAUCAAGAAAUCAAUCAAUUCCUCCAACUGCUCAACCGUCUGCUAAUCACCAUAACAACAACACACCAUCUUCUGGUUCAAACUCCCUUAAAAAUAUUGAACAUGUCGUUCACGACGAGAUUGCUGCAAAACAUAUGCAUGAUCGUAUUUUGUUUUUACUAGCGAAUUUUGUGGGUACUAAUGUGAUAGUUACAGUCAAAAGUGGUAUAAAAUAUCAAGGCCUUUUAUCCCGUGCUUGCACAGAAAGCGAAUUAGGUGUUGUCUUGAAAUGUGCUCGAAAAGUCCUUUCCAAACAAGAUGAAAAAAGCAUACCUAAUAGUAUGAUAAGCGAAUUUAUUAUAUUGGCUAAAGAUUUAAUGGAGAUUUACGCAACUAGUGUAGAUUUUUCCUCGUCUGAAAAAACAUCGACCGAACGUGAAGGAUUCAGAACUGACGCUGAUAUUAGUGGCCGAACUGAAAUUCGGGAGAGAGAACUUCAUAAAUGGUCACCAGAUGAAUCGGGGGAGACUAUGAAGGAGUCUGCUAAUGCAAGUUGGGAUCAGUUCGCUGUUAAUGAACAAUUAUUCGGUUUAACUACCGAUUACAAUGAAGAGAUUUAUACAACAAAAUUGGACAGAUCAAAGGCGGAUUAUAAAGAACGAGAAAGAAAAGCUAUCAAUAUAGCUAAUGAGAUAACUCGGGAAUCCACGACAAACAUUCAUAUGCUUGAGGAACGUGGUUACAUUGUUGAAGAUCAAAUGGAUGAAGAAGAAAGAUAUGGAGCCGUUGUUCGUAAUAGGGAUCCAAAUAAAUACACGCCACCACAUUUACGAAAACAGCAAGAGCAACAAUCACAGCCAAAUGGAGUGGUGCCAACUGUAAAGAAACCAGAAACAAAUACUGAAGUUGCAAAAGAAGCUAAAGUUAAACCGCCCGAGGAUUUAAAACCUAUAACAAAACCUGUGCAGCCUGCCACAAUCUCUCCUUCAUCAUCCAUACCAAAAAUUCCACCGUUAUCUAGUUACAGAAUUCCAGAACAUGUGAUGGCCACACUACAUAUUCCACGGAAAAAUGGUACUGAGGCAGAGGGAAAACCUAUUGAAGCACAAAUUGUAAAAGCAUAUCGUCAAUUUGCUACAAGCGAGAAAGAACGCCUUCAGCAAAGAAAACAAGCGAUUUUCAAAAAAGAAAUGGAUGGUAAAAUGGCUGAACUACUUAAGUGGGGUCAAAAUUUCAAGCUGAAUUCACCUUUACCUGAAGAUCUCAUUCCAAUUUUGACUAAAGAUGAAACAAAGCGUCAACAACUUGCGGCAAAGGCCGCUGCAAUGAAGCCAAAAUUAGAGUUCGUAAAACCAUCAAUUAAAAUUGAAGAGGUUCAACCGCAAAAGUCGAAUGGAGAGUCAAAGACAGCUUCGGAAAAGGUUGUAUCAGAAAAACCUACUUCAGCGGCCGAUAAAGCUCCACCACAAUUUCCUCCUGCCAGAACUCCGACAACUACACAGACAAACACCCAAUAUAAGUUAAAUGCCAAAGCACCUGAAUGGAAACCUAAUCCUAAUGCGGCAAGUUUCACUCCGACUCCUAACUCAAGCUCUGGGGAUAAAAGAUCUCCUGGUUCGUCACCAUUUUUUGGUAAUCGUCAAUUAAAAAAAAUUUUAUCGUCACUUAAGGAUGGUUUUAGUCCGUUCCAGAAGAGCAAACCUUUACCUAAUCCUAGUACAAUUCCUCCUACGUGGCCUUUUGGUCAAAGACCUUUUAGGCAUCAUUUUACGGUCACCAACAACUACGAGGAUGAUAUUUAUUCACAAGCAGCCGUAAAUCAAAAUUUUGGCUUUGCUGCAUACCCCGUAGCUGCUCCCUAUCGAUAUCCUUCUGGUACUCAAUUUGUUGGUGUACCACCUAUGCCCAUGCAGCAAGCGACCCCCAUGCCAUACUUGCAACCAGGAUUUGUACCAGGAAUUCCUUUCACUACAGCAACACCAAUGCCACCGACUGGCGCUCCACCUACUAUUUACAGUCCGCAAAUUUCAUCAAUGAUUCCACAACAUUUUGGUGGUUCACAGGGAUUUCAGUCUCCUGGACGUAACCCGAUCGUUCCCGCUGGUAUACAUCCUCAAAUUUACCAACCAUACCAAAACCAACAUGGUAUUCCGCCCAUGAUUCGAUAUCCACCUGAUAUGGUACCACACGUCCCACCUAAUGGUGUGAUGAUGAACCAGCGACCGAUGAUUUUAGAUCCACAUUAUAAUGUUCAACCUGAAGCUACGCCGAUGGUCAGCGGAAAGAUAGUAUCUAGCAUAAAAAAACGAGCAUGUCAGGCAGGAAGUUACAGAAAGAGUAAUAUUUUUGAUCAUAUCCAGCAAGAUUUCUCACUAAAGAAUUUAUCUAUACAUAGUAGUAUGGUAUGGGCCGCAUAUAUUGACAGUGGCUUUAAAUACAUUGUUCGCAGGGCCAUGAAAAAUUUAAUUUCAAAUACUUAUAUGAGUUUCCAAAAUUCCAAUAUGAAACAGCCCAUAUUAGCACAUAGCUGA